UUGGUUAUUUACUUUAUUUAUUCUUUGUACAUACUUCCUACUUCUUUGUGUUUCAAUUUGACUAAUUGUUAGUUUGACACCUGGCUUUGAGGAGUUGUGGGUUAAAUAGUGAUCAUAAAAUGGACAGUUUCGGUGACAACUUUGAUGAAAAUGAAGUUGACCCUGCUGCGGAGUUUUUAGCUAGGGAGCAGUCUGAGUUGGCUGCCCUUGAUGAUGAGUUAAAACAAGUGGUGGCGCCUCCUGUAAAUGGUACUGAUCCUGAUAUGAGUGAAAUUACUGGAAGUUUUGAAAUGAUAAAUGGACUUGGGCAACCUGACCGCUUUGAUCUUCCUCAGACUAAUGAUGUCAGAAAUUUAAGCCCGACACCCAUGAAGCAGGCUCCGAGAGAAGAACCAGAAAAAAUUAAGAAAUGGAGAGAGCAACAAAAAUUAUUAUUAGAAGAAAAGGAUAAAAAUGAGGAAAUAAAGAAAGAAGAAUGGAGAGCUGCUGCAAAAAAGGAACUGGAAGAAUGGUAUAAACAUCAUGAAGAGCUUAUUACCAAAACAAAAUCAGCUAAUAGAAAUGCUGAAAAACAAUUUGUUGCUGAUACUGGAGCAAUAGAACCUGGCACAGAAUGGGAACGAAUUGCUAAGCUAUGUGAUUUUAAUCCCAAAUCAAGCAGAACCAGCAAAGAUGUUUCUAGGAUGCGCUCCAUUAUUCUUCAGCUCAAGCAGACACCUUUAAAUACAACGAAAAAUACAUAAUUGUAAAAUUGUUAAAGUUAUUGAAUUCCUUAUAUUAAUUUGAUUUAAUUAAUUUCUGCAUUUAUCAUCUGUUCUUAUAAUUGCGUUAAAUUAAAUAUUUAAUAUUUCAACUAUUAGCUAUUUUACAACUAUUAUAAGAAUUUUUGAAAUAAACAAUGUAAUGUUUUUUUCAGUUUAAUUAUUUGUAAAAUGUGAUACACGUGCUUCACAAAUUGUCUAUCAAUAUUGUUAUCU